AUGGCGACCAGCCAUCGUUCGACUGGCUUUUAUGCUCUUCUGCGGCAGAAGGGUCUUCUUGUUCCACCCCCGCUAUGGACAUCGUGCCACCUUGAUAGACUGGGAUGCCAGUUUGAAGAGAUCCGCUCCUUGCCCGGUUCUGCUGCCGAGACCCACACAUCUACAUUAUCCUCUGUCGAACCGAAAUCGAAGAAUGACUCAGGUAGUGAUGCUGCACGUCUGGCAAGAUGUGGUGCUGUUCUUAUCAAGCUGUUCACCUUGAUCGACAUCCUUGACUAUGAAGGUAGCCCGUUCGAAACACGGAAAACUGGAAGAAUCAACUUCUAUUUCGCCGGUCGAGUUGUCCAUCGGCUCGAAUGCGCCACUUUCUGGCGCCGUGUUCAAGAUACCCAGUCAGAGCAUAGUGCUGCCGACCUCUUAGUUGGAUACUUGGAUUACAACGAUCUGGCAGGAUACCGCCGAGAAUGUGAUCAGGAACGGCGAGCUCGGCGCCUGGGACACACGCCAGUGGUCCAUAAGUCAGCUGGCGAAAAUUGGCUCCUUACGAGAGAUUGGAAGAGUGAUCCUUAUCUGGUCUGUGUGCUCUUGUCUCUCGGGCAGCUGCAGCGGCGACUGCGCCACCCUAAGUACCAGAACUAG